AGUGGGAGAGGUGUAACAGCCAAGGUGUCGCGUAGUGAGACACUCGGUUGUUCUUGUCAGGAGCUGCUCAAAUUUGUGUAGUGGUUGUAACAAUGAUGACGCUGAUUUUGCUAUCGGUGGUAUCGUGGCUGGCUCAUACGACUACAGCACAGUCGUAUAAAGUUCCCAGUUACGCACCCGCGCGGCCUUACCACUUCGAGUACGAAAUAUCAGACGACAAGAGUGGAGACUACCACGGCCACAAAGAGACACAAAACGAGGAUGGUUCAGUUACGGGUUCUUAUUUUCUAUUGUCUCCAGAUGGGCUUUGGCGACAGACCAAGUACAGCGACCAAGGCUAUGGCUUUCAAGCCGUCACGAACACAUUCCCAUACGACACACCUCCCAAACAACGCGCAGGAACUACUUACACUGUUUUCCAGUCAGCCGGGAGUGACUUUGAGCCUUUGCCAAACGAUGUACUAGGACGACCAGCAGUAAGCGGAGCGUUCGAUAUUGGGAAAAUAAAAAAGCCUUCUCAAGCUCCAGCCCAGCCACUUCUGCCACGACCUGGGUUUGGAAGCGGGUUUCCUCCCAGUCCUGUGGGGAGCGGUGCUCCCCUUCCAAUUUUCGGUGGAAAUAAUGCUGCAGGAGUUAGCCUUGAAGAAUCUGGGCCAAAUCUUGGGGCAGGUUUCGCUACUGGGCAAAAUGUUGUUCCGCCAGCACUCCUCGGUCAAAAGGUUAACGUUGGUUUUGGCGCGAAUGGGGCAGGGCAAGAACCUUUUUCCCAAUCGUCGGGCUUUUCAAAGUUUUCCCCAAACUCUCAUGGACCCGCACAAAACAUUUUAUCUGGCCAAGGCAUAGGAGUGCCCCUUCUAAAGCCAAACAGUCCCCCAGCAUUCAAUUCUGAAAAUGAAUUCCAGACAGGCCCAUUGGGUGAUUUCAAUCAAGGCUUAGCAAAUCAGAACAACCAGGACGCCUUCAACUCCGGUGUUGGCUUAGGAUUUGAUGGUAGUGGUGCUGGUGGCUUUCCACAAUUUCAAAGUGGGACGGGAGAAGCUCAAGGUACGUUUGGAGGUUCUCCACUUCCUCUUGAUUUUGGUGGCGUGAGAGGUUCCCACCCACCAAACAAAAACCAGAUAGGAAACUUAGGCGAUAUUACGGGAAAUGCCUUCGCACAAAACCAGCAGCCUAACAACUUUGGAACUCAAUUACAACUUAACCAACAAAACCCUUCCUUCAACCAAAAUAUACAAGCUGGUUCUGCAGACUUUGAGGCACAAGGUCCAUUACCAGGGCAGAAUUUUCUGCCUCCUCUCAGUGGGACUUUCGGUGGACCACAGUCAAGCCUCGGGCGGCCUCUUUCGGCAACCUCAAGUCAAGUUCCAAUUGGAAGCGCUCAAAACAGUUUCUUGACCUCAGGUACGCCCGAAACAGCUCUAAAUCAGCAAGGAGUUGGUGGAAAUUUCAAUGCUAAUUCAUUCAAUGGAAAUAUUCCCGAUUCCAACGGGAAUGCCCCGUUUGGUCAAACUGGCCCAUCAAUAUUUACUCAACAGUCAAAUGGACAAUUUGGAAAUUUUCCUGGUAACAACAUAAAUCCUGGAGUUGGCUUACCUUUUCCAGGGAAUCAGGGACCCAACAGCGCUCAAUUUUUUAAUGGUCAGCCAUCUGGCCUCCCAGGACAAUUUCAAUUUGGACCUCAAGGAGAUACCGGUAAUUUUGGAGAGAAUCCAGGUUUUAACCCUGCGGCAGAUCUUGGGCCAGGAUUCGAUAAUAGUCUCACCCCUGGAAAUCAAGGCCCUAACAAUGCACCAUUCUUCAAUGGCCAACCUUCAAACUCUCCAGGCGGAUUCCAGCCUGGAUCUCAAGGAGGUGUCGGCAGUUUUGGAGGGAACCAAGGUUUAAACCCUGCGGCCGAGCUAGGAACAGGAUUACCAUUUGAGAACAGUGUAGCUCCUGGAAAUCUGGGUCCUAACAAUGCUCCCUUCUUCAAUGGUCAGGCAAAUGGCUUUCCGGGCGAAUUCGAGCUUGGACCUCAAGAUGCCGGCAGUUUCGGAGGGAACCAAGGUUUAGACCCUGCGGCCGAGCUCGGGACAGGAUUACCACUUGAUAAUAGUCUAGCUCUUGGAAAUCAAAGACCAAACAAUGGGCCUUCCUUUAAUGGUCAGUCUUCUCGCUUACCAGGAGAAUUUCCUCCUGGACCGCAGUUAGGUGGCAGCAGUUUUGGAGGCAACCAAGGUUUCAACCCUGAUGCUGGGCUCGGACCCAGACCAGGAGGCCAAGGAAACAGUUUUGGUUCUGCUGGUUUUACAGAGAACUUGGGGACAAAUCAAUUUCAACAAAGCAAUUCUGAGUUUGGCCCUGGGUUUGAUACCGAUUUUGUAGGUGGUCAGAAUGGCAAUUUUGGAGCGAGUCCUCCCAUUGGAUCAAUACCCAUUGGGACAGACCUCACACAAAAUCCAAAUUUAGGCAAUAAUUUUCAGUUUGCCCAAUCACAAUUUGGAGCCAGUCCAGGUCUCCCGUCAGGAGGGGUUGGCAUAAAUGAUCCACGGGUUGGUCCCCAAGGACCUUUAAAUUCCUUUUCUCCCAGAAAUCGUCGAACAAAGGCCUCAUCGAACAAACGAUCCACUACGAAACAAAAAGUCACCCGUGAAGCUGAUUUCAAGUUAAACACUGACUCAUCAGCCAAAGUGCAGGAUAAUCCAAAAUCUUCACCGCAAGACUCUGCAAAAACAUUGAGAAGUUCGCGAAAAACACAAGCGCCAGAUAGCCGCCCUAGCGCGUCUAGUCAACGCAUCAGUCGUGUACGAAACAAUAGGGAUCCCAAGAAUCUGGUGUUCCCGAAAGCUACAGGAGUAACAGGACAAACCGAUUCGGGAGACAAUUUUCCUAAAGGAUUUUCUGAUUUUGAUUUCACUUCUUCUCGCAGUUUCAAUGCGAAAGCAUGAACGAACCAUGUCAAAAAUGUUUAAACGCAAUAAAGGUUAGGACUUAGGCAUGAAUGAUCGAAAAUGGAGAAGCAAAUUUAUUACGGCACUUUCCGUCUGAACACUUGUGAAAAUCCAUUUGCUGCCGUAAUAAGUAAAAUCAAAAUGCGCGUUCAGGUUAAAACAAACUGUUUUUAGAGCAUUUAUUUCUCAACUCAUUUACGAAUCGAACGAAUCAUGGGAAAUUUUGUCUAUAAACGGAGACAAUUUUUGACUGACGGCGUUUUAUAAUGUAGCAUAUGAGCUUUGAAUAAUUUAUUUCAUUUUAAAGUCCUGAGAUGUGAUUCAUUUUUCAGGCUAAGGGUAUGUUACUUCGUGCAUGCGACUCGAUUGAUCACAUAUGAAGGAGAGAUUCUAAGAAUUUUCAUGCUUUUCAUCGUGGUAUACAAAUGAGUAAAGUGUAGCCACGGAUUAUUACAUUAUCUUCAACUUCCUCUGCUGUUAAAGCAAAAGGCAUGAAUCUCCACUUGAUACUAGUUAUCCUUCUUCCGAUUUUAUUCGUUAUUAAAUUUCAAGUUAUUGCAUUUGCUUGGAUAAAUGUUCUGUAAUUCACUGUGUGACCUUUAAGUCGAAAGAUAAAUAAUUAUUAAGUUUUGAAGCGAACAAAUUGCGCACGAUUUUUAUUGAUACUAUGAAGGCUCCGAACGACGAGCGAACAUUUGUUGUAUUUAAAGCAAUAGCUUCCGACGUCAUUGCUAAAUUAUAAAAUAAACUGAAAUUUGGAA